AUGGGCGGUUGGGAGAUAUACUGUGCAAUAUGUGGUGGUCCAUUCUCUAGUCAAGUGGAAAUGGACCCAGAGGGAACCGAAGAGGACUCCUAUCGCUAUGACGUCCUGAAAGACUGCGAUCUGGGAUGGCUAGAUAACCUCUGUGCUCUUGGUUUCAAUCUAGAGGCGGGUGGGGUUGAUAAGUCUUUUAUUACUGGGAAUGGCUACUAUUGGGAUUAUGGCGGAAUUGAAGUUUCCGGGGGAACUGACCCAAACUUUCCUCUCGGAAGGGACGCAGAUCAGAUCCCUAUGGUUGCUUAUCAUGAUUUUGCUGAAAUUGGAGAACCUCAUGUAUUCCCAUUUCACCCAAUUUGCUACCACGAUAUCCUACUGAGAUGUUUGAAGCAAGACAAACCAGGGAAGAAGAUUCGGGGAGAUGUCUUAUUCAAUGUUCUGGAAGGGUUGAAUGGGGGUCGAUAUGUUAGGUUGCAGCUUAGUUAUGGCGAACCAGAGCCUCGUGCGGAACAGGUUUGGUGUCAGCAAAAAGGUCAUGAAGUUCUGGUGGUCAACCCGGUGAUAAUUCCCCAGAUCGAUGCCGACCUUGAUUUUAUCAAAAAAUCCCUGAACCAGAAUGCCAAUUCAAGUCAAAUUCCACCAAGAGAAGAUAUUUUCGAUAAGCUCCCGCAUGAGCUACGCCAUGAAAUAUUCAAACUCCUCCCCGCUGGCUCUAUCCUUGCCCUGAAGUCCGCGUCGUGGGCGAUGCAUAUUACGACCUUAUCGCGCGACUUUUGGAGGGACAGGUUAAGGUCUGAGGUGCCAUGGGUCUGGGAGAUUCACGACAUCAAUGUUUUUCAAUCCCAAGAGUCCGAGGAUAGAGCUUCCAAGCUACUUCUGGACAUUCAGAAGAAGAGUGCUUAUACAUCUGAGAGUGAUGAUUACAUUUUGGGAUUUGCGAACCGGAGAAGGAUUUGGGGGGUUUGUGAGCAGAUUAGAGCGCGGUACGUGGAAGGACUUGCUUGUAUCUCUGAUCUAGAUAGCUGA